GUGCGAUCUAUUUUGGACGCGUGAAGUGUGCCCAGCAUGGCCAAGAGCAAGCCAGCGCCCAAGCCAGCACCCAAGCCUGCGCCCAAGCCAGCACCCAAGCCUGCCUCUAAUCCAGCCCCGAAACCUGCCGCUAAUCCAGCCCCGAAACCUGCCUCUAAUCCUGGCCCGAAACCUGCCUCGAACCCUGGCCCGAGGCCUGCGUCGGGACCGAAUCCUGCACCGAGACCCGUGGCCAACCCCGGCCCCCGGCCCGCGCCCAAUCGAGCCCCCGUCUCACGGAGCCCAGGAUACGUCGCGUAUGUGACGCCAAAGCCGCUCUGGGUCUCGAGGCCCCAGCCACUCGUCGUCGUCUUCAGCACGAACUCGUUUUGGUCCAAGCGGUCGUCCUGUGCGACGCGCUACUGCGACAACAGCUACGCGGCGUGCAAGGCGAUCUACAGCUAUGACGAGUGCACGUGCGUCCCCGACUUGCUCCAGUGCAUCCAAGCCAAGUGCCAAAGUGAGUAUUCGGCCGCCAUUGCCGAGUGCCAAAGCGCGAUACGCCGCGACACGCUCUGUCGCCUCUCGUGUACGCCUGCCGCGCCGGUCGACUGGACCGCCGAGUACGUCGUCACCAACUACAGCGUUGUCGUGGAGCUUCUCAUUGAAGGCAUGACAUCGUCCUUAUGGGAGAGCUACGGCGUCGACGUCGCUCAGCUCCUCGUCGAUGCCCAAGUAAAUGCAACGAGCAACGACACUCUCCUCGCUGUAUGGCCCGUCACGAUGACGACACCACCGUACGACGUCAUGAAUGGCUCGGCCGCUGCGCUGCAGAUGACGGCCGAAGUAACCACAGACGAUCCGGACGGCAUGUUGGAAAUGCAGUCGCUCUUUCGCAACGAGUCGACGACCACGUGGCUCGCAUCGACCUUGUGGGACUAUGGCGUCCUCGACGACCCAAAUCAGUUGGCCAUCACCAGUGUCCAGACACUCGUGGUGCCAAUCAACAGCACCACAUCGACGUCCAGUGCUGCUUCGACAGCGGCGCUCAUUGGCGUUGCCGUCGGCGUUGUCCUCGGGCUCAGCCUUUUGGGGUUAGGGUACUAUUGCUGCCGACGCCGCUACCGGUCGCCUGCCAUUGCGUGCGUUGGCCAAAAAGGAUAA